AUGCAGUUUACUUUUGCCCUGUUGACCGCAGCUGCGCUGCUGACCCCUGUCUAUUCCAAUGGAAUCACCCCUAUGAGCCGCCGCGAGACUGGCCUCAAGCUCGAAUCCUGCACUACCAGUCAACAGGCCGUAGUCGAAGCCGCCGUUCAACGCGCCGCCUCGCUCGCCAAGGCCGCCGCUGACGCCGCUAUCAACGGCGACGCUAGUAUCUUCGAAGAGUACUUCCGCACUACCGACACCGCAUCUCGCCAGGAGGUCGCCGCCCGCUACGAGGCCAUCGCCAACGAGGCCUCUAAUCUCAGCAGCGGCAAGGUGACCUACAACUGUGGCAAUGGCAGAACACAGAGCGACUGUGGCGGCAGUGGUGUCCUCGCUUACGUCUCUGGCAACAACAGGAUCUUCAACUGCCCGGACUGGUAUAAGAUUGUGCCCGCGAUCGACGACUGCGGCGGCACUGAUCAGGCCCUCGCCAUGGUCCACGAACUAUCGCACAUAAGCGAUGUCUACAGCCCGCCCACCCAAGACUUCGCGUACAAGUACAACGCCCUCGUCAAGCUUCCCAAGGAGCAAGCUGUCCUGAACGCCGACACCUACAACCUCUACGCUGGUGGUGAGUUUUGCUUUAUUCCCCUGCCCAUCAUGACAUGCGACUCGUUAACUGACUGCAUCAUCCAGCCAUCGAUCUUGAGUGCCAGGUCCUCAUUAUCCUUUCUUCAGGAGUUGAGUGAAGAGUGGUUUGCAAUUGGAGCGGCUGCCCUAGCAAGAGGCUACAACUUCCUCGCCUUCGAUGGCCCCGGACGAGGUGCAGCUAUCCGACGACAGCAUCUGCACUUCCGGCCCGACUGGGAGAAUGUACUCACUCCUGUUGUCGACUAUGCUUUGACUCGCACGGACAUCGAUGUCAAUGCGAUAGUCAUCUUUGGGUGGAGCAUGGGUGGAUACCUAGUGGCACGAGGAGCUAUGCAAGAUCAUCGGGCCCAGGCUAUCAUCCUAGAUGAUGGCGUGUACGAUUUUGGUUCUGCAUUCCCUCCCAACUAA